GGAUGUACAGGAAAGGAUAAAUCGAUAACCAUCUUCCGAAUAGUCUCCUUGUAGCAAUUUACAUAUAUAUAAAGCAGUAGCAUUAACAUUACCCCCUCCGCAGUUCUUAGUACCACUCAGUGAUCUUUUUUUCCUUACCAUGUCAGGGCAAGAGCUAGAAGGACGAAUCCUCAAGAGAGCAAAUCCAAAGACAAUACAAGAUAAAUUUCUAGUCGGAUAUCAAGGAUGGUUCACAUGCAACGGAGACGGCGAACCCAUGGAUCCUAACCACCAUGGAUGGAUGCACUGGUUCGAUAAACCGAUCUCAGAUGGUGGACGCCCCAAUACAGAUCUAUGGCCAGAUGUAUCCGAAUACUCCCCAUCCGAGCUGUUUCCCGCUCCGGAUCUCCAAAAUGCAGAUGGAGACCCCGUAUUUCUCUUCUCUUCGCGAAACUCAAAGACGGUGAGGCGCCACUUUCACUGGAUGGCGUUACAUGGCGUCGAUGGCGCGUUUUUGCAACGGUUCGCAGGUCAAUGUGACCUGGAGGCAGGCUCCGCAGCAAUCAGGAAGAUCAGAGAUGAGGUGGGCGAUCGUGUCAGAGAGGCUGCUGAAGCAGAGGGAAGGGUCUUUGCCAUAAUGUAUGAUGUCUCGGGUGUUCAUCCAGACAAGAUCCAACGGGUUCUCGAGCAAGAUUGGACGCAUCUGAUACGUGACAAGUAUGUCCUUGACAGCCCGAAUUACCUUCGGGAGAAAGGCAAGCCGGUCAUCGCUCUGUGGGGUUUUGGAUUCAAUCACAGAAAUCACUCUCCACAGGUUGUCAGAUCUAUUGUCAAUUUCUUUCGUUCAUCCACACCAGGUGGUGUUUAUCUUAUGGCCGGCGUACCUGGACAUUGGCGCACAUCAACAUCUGAUAGUGAUCCAGACCCCGAAUUCUUGCGGGUUUGGACAGAAGAAUUUGACGCGCUAAGUCCCUGGACUGUAGGGCGUUACGGGAACGAAGAGGAAGCGGAACGCUGGGGGAAUGAGAAAGUCAAGCAGGACUUUGAUUUCCUAAAGCGAAGAGGAGACGAAGGGGGCAAAAGAGUAGAUUAUAUACCCGUAGUACUCCCUGGAGGCAGCGGCUACAAUCUCUCUCGCGGGCAAUGGGGGCUCAAUGGAAUAAAGCGCAACGGGGGCCACUUUCUUUGGAAACAAAUCUACGCCGCCCGACACGCAGGGGUGCGCAUAAUCUACGGUGCCAUGUGGGACGAAUAUGAUGAAGGCACGGCAUUCAUGCCCGUAGUCUCUUCUUCAAAGCAACUCCCGGUUCAUUCACAAUUCAAUUUUUUAGCGCUCGACGCCGAUGGCCACUCGCUUCCGUCAGACUGGUAUAUGCGCAUAGCUGGUUUCGCUGCUGAAUCCCUACGCGGUGACCAUAUGUUACAUGAGUCAUUUCCCGUCAAGGAGUUACAGGAUUAUUGGGCCACUCGUCCCAGAUAUGAGGAAACGACACCUGCAAAGGAAGAAACGGAGCAAUUGAACGAGGCUCAAAGAGCAUACCAUGAUUGGGCUGCACAAGAGGACGGUGCGGUGGUAGACGAGGCACCUCCGCCGUAUAUGCUGGAAGAUGAGAUGCAGAGUCCUCAAACAAGCAGUGUACAGAAUACCGGACUAGUCCCUCCUGAGGCUACCAAUCCUGUCCUCGGUCGUUCAUCACACUCAUCUGUGCCACCGCCAUCUCCUCCGAUGUCAACCAGGCCUGAAUGUCCGCCCGGUUUGGAUAAGCGUACCCCACAGUCCUAUCAGCAACCAAGCUCUUCGUAUACCAUUGCCAGGCCAUCGUCUCAGGGUUCUUCCCCUGUUCCAACAUCUGCUGCUGUGGCCUAUCUGGCUGGCGAUCUCACUCGACAGACAUUGUCACACCUUCCGCAGCAUGCGUCAGGGUUUUCCUCUCUAAGUCGUUCAGUCAUCCAAAUGCCUUCCGUGGAGGUGACCCCAAGCGCCGCACCUAUCUCUCCGCUCCCGGCUUCAGCGACACCCGUCUCAUCAUGGCCGCAACACCCUGUUCAACAACACAAUAUUCCGAGUUAUCCCCGUGUUUCACCCCUCGAUUCCCUCUCCUCACUCACACCUCAGAGGGAGCCUUUCGGUAUAGGUGGACCUGGAUACCAUGGGCCUGAUUCCAACGUGCACCCGCACGAUCCCGCCCCUCUUCCCCGUGUCGAACAUUCGCGCACAACUUCAAAUUCUGGUGCAUCUUCCAUAGCAACGAACAGGCCAGCACAUCCCCACCCCGCACCAAAUUCACUCGUGCAAGAUUAUUGCCAACGCCAAAUUCCGCCAACACAACUUCAUCCUGGUGGUUCCUACUCUUCACGGCCUUAUUCCCCGCCUGAAUGGGGAACCCAACGCUCGCCUCCGCCUGUACCGCCCCGUGCGUAUUUUGUUUGUUUAUAGCUGCUUUUUCGUUGCUAAUCGUUGCGUAUUGACAAGGUCCUUCCAUGCAGACACAGUCUUUGAACCAUUGCUCCUCGAACCAGUCGACAUCGAUGUUGACAGGCAAUGGUCGAGGGCGCGGGCUCAAUGGUCGAGGGCGAGGACGAGGGCGUGGAAACAGUAUCGCGGGGCAUGCACAGGGAAGUACGCAAGGAAACAGCGGGAGACCCUCACGCGGAGUGAGUUUUCUCUUGAACAUCAUUCUGUCAUGCACUGCUCAUCUGGUUGCUCUCCAGGCUGGCCGAGGCUACUAAAUAAUGUUUAGCCUCAUGAACUCAUAAGCAACGUAACGGCUCGCCUUCAGCAUUGUAUAAUUGCGGACAUCCUAAGUUGAACUUUGAUAUGAAUACUUGUUGUGUUAUUGAGCAUAUAUUCAGUUGAGGUACUGCGAAAUGAUGAGUUGAGUCUUUCGUCCUA